UCCUACCUGGUGAGGAGGUGUAUCGCCUUUCCACACUCGCCCUGCUCCUACUCUGCGGGUGCUGAGGAGGGAAGCAAAGUCCUGGAGACUGAGCCAGUACAGCACCAACAGAAAAAGAGAUCCCGAUCCGAUCCGAUGGGUUCUUGGGAAGCUUUUCUCUUCUCCCCUUUUCUUCUGUGGAGUCAAAGUAGAGGGGUGAGAUUGAUGUUCUUAUUACUGACUCUGCAUUUAGGAAACUGUGUCGAUAAAAUAGAUGAUGAAGAUGAUGAGGAUUUAACAGUGAACAAAACAUGGGUCUUGGCACCAAAAAUUCAUGAAGGAGAUAUUACACAAAUUCUCAACUCAUUGCUUCAAGGUUAUGACAAUAAACUUCGUCCAGACAUAGGAGUGAGGCCUACAGUAAUAGAAACUGAUAUUUAUGUAAACAGCAUUGGACCAGUUGAUCCCAUAAACAUGGAAUACACAAUAGAUAUAAUUUUUGCCCAAACCUGGUUCGACAGUCGACUGAAAUUCAAUAGUACUAUGAAGGUGCUUAUGCUUAAUAGUAAUAUGGUUGGAAAAAUUUGGAUUCCUGACACUUUCUUCAGAAACUCAAGAAAAUCAGAUGCACACUGGAUAACAACUCCUAAUCGUCUGCUGCGAAUUUGGAAUAACGGACGAGUUCUUUACACCCUAAGGUUGACAAUUAAUGCAGAAUGUUAUCUUCAGCUCCAUAACUUUCCUAUGGAUGAGCACUCCUGUCCACUGGAAUUUUCAAGCUAUGGAUACCCUAAAAAUGAAAUUGAAUAUAAAUGGAAAAAGCCUUCUGUAGAAGUGGCUGAUCCUAAAUACUGGAGAUUAUAUCAAUUUGCAUUUGUGGGUUUAAGAAACUCAACUGAAAUUGCUCACACAAUCUCUGGGGAUUAUGUUAUCAUGACAAUUUUUUUUGACCUGAGCAGACGAAUGGGAUACUUCACUAUUCAGACCUACAUUCCAUGUAUUCUAACAGUUGUUCUUUCUUGGGUGUCUUUUUGGAUCAAUAAAGAUGCAGUACCUGCGAGAACAUCACUGGGUAUCACUACAGUUUUGACUAUGACAACCCUGAGUACAAUUGCCAGGAAGUCUUUGCCUAAGGUUUCUUAUGUGACUGCGAUGGAUCUCUUUGUUUCUGUUUGUUUCAUUUUUGUUUUUGCAGCCUUAAUGGAAUAUGGAACCUUGCAUUAUUUUACUAGCAACAAAAAGGGCAAGACAACAAGAGAAAGGAAGAUAAAAAACAGGGCCUUGGUGUCCCCUGAUGUCCACCCUGGCUCCACUCUGAUUCCAAUGAAUAGCAUUGCUCUGCCCCAAGGAGAGGAUGACUAUGGCUACCAGUGUUUGGAGGGCAAAGAUUGUGCCAGCUUCUUCUGCUGCUUUGAAGACUGCAGAGCAGGAUCCUGGAGGGAAGGAAGGAUACACAUACGCAUUGCCAAAAUUGACUCCUAUUCUCGAAUAUUCUUCCCAACAGCUUUUGCCCUGUUCAAUCUGGUUUAUUGGGUUGGUUAUCUUUACUUAUAAAUUUCAUGACUAGACUAAAAUUAUAAUUCUAAGCAAAUCCAAUUUAAUCAGUUGUGCUUCAGUAACAUGAAGUUAAAACUUAAAAUGGAGAAAAACCAAUGCUUAAAAUACAAACAGUAUUGUGACUAUUUUUAGGUUUCCAUAGGUAAACAAAAUAUCAGCUUUGAGAUUCAUUUACCUAAAUUUACAUGAAACUUAUGAAUUGUUAAAUCCAAUAUAUUUAAAUACUAUUAUAUAUUUUAUUUUCAUUUUCUUUAUGUUACUUAUAUUCUAUUAGGAUUUGUGAUAUAUACUUUCAAGGUGAAGUAAUUUAGUACAUAUUUUAUUUAAAUAUAUUUAUCAAUGUAAUAGGAGGCUAAUGCCUAAGAUUUAUCUAUUUUUUUUUUUACCUAAGAGGAUUUUAACUUGAUUUUUUUUUUCUUGGUUUUUAUUUGUCUGCCCUGUUUAGUAUAUAUCUUGUUAAAAAAUAAAUAAAAGCCAUGAAUUCCUUGCAUUUUUUUCAAGAUGUUUUACUCCUGAGGAGAAAGUAAUUUAUUCUUAUGAUUUUAAAUUAAUUUAUACUAUGAGUUGAUAUUUAGUAGGGUUAAAAAGUGAUAUUAUGAUUUAUGAAUACAUUGUGGAAUAACUGAAUGAAUCUCGUUGGUAAUAGCACAUGACUUAUAAAAUGACUAAUAUUUGUUUGUCAUUUAAUACAGUCCAUUUCCUUAUAAAAUAUGAAAUACAAAACUCCAGCUACAUUUCGUUUGAGGAUUUGCAAAGUUAAAUAGAAACUACUUCAGCAGGUUUUUGAAAUACAAUUUGAAAAAUGAUAAGCAAAUUAUAUUUAUCCAUUUCAUUUUCCUCCACUAUUUAUGAAAUAUAGAUGAUAAAAUCUACCAACAUAAAUAUUAAAUACAAAAAGAAGUGAUCACUUUUUUUCAUGUGCUACAAAGGUGUGACAGUCUUUAAGUUAAUAAAAUCAUUAGGGAAGAGCACUUGUAUUUACUUUUUGUGGUGGAAAAAGAUUUGGCAAGUUAAGUUGCAAGCCACAUUGAGAAUAUGGACUUACAUAUGUAUUUGUUAGAUCAGACUUACUUGUAAACAAUUUAUGCCUAUGUCAUGCAUUUGUCUCUUCUACCUCUUGAGUUCAGAGCCCAUUGUACAACGUUAUAAAUCAUUAUUAGAUUAUCUUUUAUAGGAAAUGAGGAAAGCCACAGAAUCAUAUUAAGGUGACUUUUAUUACAGAUAUCUUUAAGGAACAUGAAUUUGGGACCAAUAUAGUUUUCAACAGACACCAGACAAGUCCAAAUGAAGUCUCUAUAGGAAAUACUGGUGGGGUCAAUAGCUGCCACAUGUCUCUUGUAAAGAGGAGAGUUAAAAUUAGGUUUCAGUGAUAUGGCCCUGUAAAUCACUUGGCAUAUCAGUUAUUUAUAACACUCCAUAUUCAUCCACCGUCAUUUAAUUUUAUGGAGAAUCAGCAGGGUUAGCUUGGACAUAAACUUUAAAAAUUGUUUCCAUUGCCAAGAAUGAUUACCCAGAUGAAGAGAUUUAUGUUCCAGGACUAAUUUAGGGUUUGAAAAGGAUGCUGUCACCUAUGUACUUGAUGCUCUAGUUUAUAGUGUGAUAAUUCCUCCACAUGGGCAGUAAAAGCCUGAGUUAUCCUUAUGUUUUCGGAAUAUAUAAUUCUUUUUUCAUUUUAACCCAAAUACACUUUGAAAUAUAUUUAGAUUAAAGUGAAAAGAACCUCUAGGCAAAAAAAAAAAGUAGAAAUUGAACUUUACUGACAAGAACUCACCAAAACGGCUGUAUUUUUCUGGGAUGGUGAGUCAAAUUAAACUUUGGACAUGUGUAUAUUCAUUUUCAGAUUAUUUGUGCAUUCUUGUUUAUAGCAAUGAAUAUUGGUGGACAUUUUAAAGAUUAGCAUUCAUUUAGAAAUAAAUGAAAAAAAUACAUAAAGAAAUAAAGUAUUGCACUAAAUUAUUUUAUGGCCAGUUCCAUGUUCUAAGCUGUAGCCUGCUCAUUAUUAUGCAGUAGUUUAGAUUUCCAGGCUCUUUCAAUUUUAUUUGAGCAUGACUACAUUUCAGAGCACUUUAAUAUGCUUGAUAUAAAUUGCCUUGAUUUUCUCAUUGAUGUCUUAUUAACUCUAUUUUAAAUGUUCACAAUAUUUACAUGUGAAAAUACAAUUGAUAAAAAUAUAGAAGAUACUUCUCUCUAUAUAUAUAUUUCUUGUAUAUACCAUCAAAACAAUCAGUUUUCAAAUCCAGUGGUAUUUUGGGCAGCUUUAUCUAAAUUUAUGGAUCAGAAAGAGAUGCAGCAUAAAAAUCUUACUAUACCUAAAAAUAAACAUUGAGAAGUAGAGAUGUGGGCUGGGGAUUUAGCUCAGUGUUUUCACCGCCUGCUGCGCAAGCUCAAAGACCUGAGUUCGAUCUCCAGUAACAAAAAACAAAAACAAAAGUAGAGAUGCAUUUACAUUUUUAAAAUAAAAAGUCAGAAGAGCUUAUUCUCUUAGAGGAUGUACUCUAAUUCUUGUUCUUUUUUCAAGUAUUAGUUGUACCAUGUUGGCAAAGGUCAUUUUUUUAAAUCUUUCUCUUUCUCCAGGGGAGCUAUGUAUUAUUGUAAUGGUUUUACUGGGACUCUUGCUGGAUGCAACAAACAAACAAACAAACCUCUAACAUAGAUCAAAAAGUAGAUGUAAAUAAUGAAAAGAAUAAGAAAAACAGUGGGAUUGAAAAUAACGUUAAAUCACAUAGAUCCAUCCGUGGAAUAUAUGAUCAGGAUAUAAGGGCACUGAGAAGAAUGUGACUGACAUAACUUUGUUUUGAUUUACAAUGACAGAGUAAUAGUUUAUGUAUCCUUGAAUUACAUGAAUAAAAUUGUAAUCACUUGAAGUUAAUUCCUAGAGUGCUAACUAGUUUUAGAAAUAAAAAAGUACUUAGAUUAUCUGAGAAUCCAUUAAAGAAAAAGAAAGAUUCCCCCAGUAAAGCCAAAUGAAAUAUAAAGUUUUGAUGUCAAAUUAAGAAUUAUAAUCCAUUGAAUAUAUUUCAUUUUAAGUUAUAGAGAGAUUUCAUUAAGCUUUAAGUCCUGAUAAAACUUUAUCACACUAUUGGUAAACAUGAAAGCAUUCAUCGGGGUUUUUUUAAACCUGUAAUGUGUUCCCAUACUCUGAUAUCUACAUAUACUGUAAUCAUAAAUAGACUGUAUUUUUCCUUAAGAACAAGAAUAAAAUGGAGAGCUGCAUUCUUGCCUAUAAUUCAGCCUCAGAAAGAAUAUCAGGUAGGACUCUUACACUCAUAAUUGUAUAUAUGAAAUUAUAUUUAAAUUUAGUAUAUUGUGACUAAAUAAUUCUAUACUUACAUUAUAUAAGAGCAUAGCUUAAAUGGAAUGAUUGGUAUGAGUAAAGUUGCAACUAACAAUCAGUAUUUAAUAAACACAUAACAAAUGAAAUGCAUACAUAAAAUUAUCAAAUAUCUAUAUCAAUGCUCUUCCCACUCUUGGAAAAUUUGCUGUAUUAAGGAACCACAUUCCUGAUUACUGUAUUAGUCUUAUCAUUAGGGUUGAAGUGACACAAUAACAACAAAUUUAUCCAGUUCUUCACUGUUAUGUCACAGGAAGUCUGGACAUAGUUGUACUAUGCUUCUGUUGAUCAUCUUUCACUGGCCUUGACAUGGCACUGUAAGGUCACCAAAACAAUUACCAAAGGUUUAUUAAACACAUUGCAAUUAGAGUUUCAAACACUAUCGACACUCACUUUAAUAAAUUUAAAGUUGGCUCUGCCUACCUAUGUUUGCAGUUUAGAAGUGAGAUGGCACAACUCAAAUAUUUAAGGAGCAUUUUCUAUGCACAGACUGUUCCAGAUAGACUAGAAAGAGGAAAUAUGAACUCUUAAGGAACAAACAGAGAGAGAGAAGAUGAUUAGUUAUACAAUUUAAGAAAAGAUGGAUAAUCUGGGAAGAUUUCCAGGAAGAUAUGUGUUUAAAAAUAUGACUUUGAGGAUUUAAUAUGCCCAUAGGUGAGAGAAAUAGAGAUCACAAUUUCUGGUUGAGAAAGAAGCUUGAAUAAAGAAACAGAAGUAUGGACAAAAAUGAAAAUUCCAUUUUAAUUGGAAGUAAUGAUUCAUAUCAAGAUAAUCAAAAGUGAAGCUGGAAGGAAAGACCUAGAGUUACACUUGAGAAAUGAAAAUACAGACUUCAGGUGGCCAGAUGACUUUAUAAAAUCAGGAAGAAUGAAUAGAGAUACUUAAGUACAAAAAGAAGUUAUUAAACCUUCGGAAGAUUCAUCUUAUUAUUACAUUGGGUGUAAGAAGCUUAAAGCAGCUUUUAAAAUAUAGAAAGUGAGUAAGGAUGGAAAUGGAUGUACUGGUGAAAUAAGUUUUCAGUGGGAGGGGGAGAUAACCUGAAAUAAGAAAGAGAAUUGGCAGAUACUAAAAUCUGAUUAGCAAAUGGUAUUGACCAAAAUAAAUGGUGUGCACAUGGGGCCCGAAGGUCCUACAUCGAACAAUAUUUGUCUGUGUGUGAAUAAACACUCAAAUGUUAGAAAGAAAUUCUGGAUGUAUUAUAGUCUUGCUUGCUGUUGUAUUUAAAUCAAAUGCACACUUUUAAGCUUUUUAAUAAUUUAUGUACUAGGGAUGUAAAAAUGAACACUAUCUCAAAGUAUACAUUAAAGGUAGUUUGUCUGGUUUAUUAUUAUUUUCAUAAGAUCUGCUACUUAUCAAAAGGGCUUUCUCUUCAAAUAGCCUCUUUUAUCUUUCUAUCCUAGCAUAUAUA